UGUAAUCCUGCCCCUUUAAGAGUUAGCUUCCUUCGGGAUGUUCAACCCCUCUCACUCAGUCCGCUUUUCAACUAUUUCGACGCAUCAACACUCCAGUCCAGCAGGAGGCGGAAAUUCACCAGAAGUUGCAGAAAACAGAAGAAGAAGAAGAAGACCUGAGAUCCACUACACCAUUUGAGAGUUAAAAUCGAUGUUAAUCAUGAGAGAGCAGGUGGAUGUGAUUCACACUGGAGAACAGCAGAUGCUGCAGACACCAGUGAAGAUUGAAGUGAUGCAGGAGGAGAUAAAAGAAGAAAACACAACAGAGGAACAACAAACUGAUGAAGAUGAUGAUGAACAGCAGAUGCUGCAGACACCAGUGAAGAUUGAAGUGAUGCAGGAGGAGAUAAAAGAAGAAAACACAACAGAGGAACAACAAACUGAUGAAGAUGAUGAACAGAAGAUGCUGCAGACACCAGUGAAGAUUGAAGUGAAACAGGAGGAGAUACAAGAAGAAAACACAACAGAAGAACAACAAACUGAUGAAGAUGAUGAUGAUUUUAUUCCUUCAGGAAAAAGUCAAGAGGAAAGUCAAAAGCUGAAUGAAGUGGAGGAGAAACUUCAGUAUCAGAAACAUCAUGAUUUCACAACUGGAGAAAAGUCUUUGAGUGGUUCAAAGACUAAGAAGAGUUUCUCACCAAAGAAGCCUCAAAAAAGAGCAGCCAAAAAUACUUUCACAUGCCAUCAGUGUGGAAAAGGUUUCACAGAUAAAACAAAACUUAAUGUACACAUUAGGAUUCAUACUGGAGAAAAGCCUUUCUCAUGUCAUCACUGUGGAAAGAGUUUUGUUCAAAAAGCAAGUCUUAAUGUGCACAUAAGAGUUCACACUGGAGAGAAACCUUUCACAUGUAAUCAGUGUGGAAAGAGUUUCACAAGUAAAGGUAAUCUUGAUGUACAUACAAGAAUUCACACUGGAGAGAGGCCUUUCACAUGCCAUCAUUGUGGAGAAGGUUUUACAGAUAAAAGAAACCUGAAAUACCACACAAUGAUUCAUACUGGAGAGAAGCCUUACACGUGCCAUCUGUGUGGAAAAGGUUUCAUAGAUAAAAGAAACUUAAAUAACCACACAAGGAUUCAUACUGGAGAGAAGCCUUACACUUGCCAUCUGUGUGGAAAGAGUUUUACACAGAAAGGUAAUCUUGAUGUACACACAAGAGUUCACACUGGAGAACGGCCUUUUACAUGCCAUCAGUGUGGAGAAGGUUUCAUAGAUAAAAGAAAACUUAAAAACCACACAAUGAUUCAUACUGGAGAGAAGCCUUACAUGUGCCAUAUGUGUGGAGAAGGAUUCAUAGAUAAUAGAAACCUUAAAUAUCACACAAUGAUUCAUACUGGAGAGUGGCCUUUCACAUGCCAUCAGUGUGGAAAAGGGUUUAUAGAUAAAAGAUACCUUAAUGACCACACAAGUAUCCACACAGGAGAGUGGCCUUUCACAUGCCAUCAGUGUGGAAAAGGGUUUGCAUAUGCAGCUAGUCUCAAAGAUCAUCUCCAACGUCACUCUGGAGAAAGGCCAUUUAAAUGUGAUAAGUGUGGACAAACAUUUGUUUUGACUGCAGGCCUAAAACAACAUCUGAAAACGCACACAAAAGAGAAGCUUUAAAAGUGUUCUUUGCAUGCCUGUUCUGGUUGAAAGAGCACCAGAAAAUACAAAAUGGCAUGAGGGCCAUAUAUGGAAGGACUUUUAUUAAAGCCAGCAACUUGAAAGCGAUCAAAGCAUUCAUGCUGAAUUAAACCUAACAAGUGGUCACUCCACAGAAAGACUUUCACUUGUUCACCAAACCUAAAAACACAUAAGAGAAUCCAUACUGCAGAGAAACCGUACCAUUGUAAGCAAGAAAUGUAUGUAGACAGGUAAACAAAAAAAAUUGCUUAAGUAGUCACAGUGAGCAGAAAUCAUCUUCAGGUCCAGGGAUAUCAAGUAAAUAGUUAGAAAUUAAAAUAAGCCCAAAUAUGGGAUUUCUCCCAAAAAACGGCAUCAUCUAAGAGAAUAACAAAGUACAUUUAGCGAAGGUAUUUGUGUUAAUUCUGAAAACUUGAUUUGGCUGCAGACCUCUUCAUUGCAAGUAAAUCACUCUCAUUUGCGAACAAAUUUUGCACUAUACGACAAAAUUAAUUAGCCACUGGCAAGUAAAUAUUCAGAUUUCACUCACAAGUGAUUGAGUUGUGCAGUGGCGAAGAAGAACUUUAGCACCAAGAUCCUAUUACUGCAUGUUUUGUCUCAUGACAAUUCCACUUUAAGGAAAUGUACUAUAUUUGGCUUCAGUGAGUUGUUGUGGAUUGCGGUGUCACCAUCACUUUAGUUGUGCCAUGAUAUGGUUUACUUUUAUAUUUACUACAUAUACACCAAUCAGCCACAACAUUAAAACCACCUGCCUAAUAUUGUGUAGGUCCCCCUCGUGCCACCAAAACGUCUCACCAUAGACUUUGUCAGUUCUAAUCAGUCUGAAGGCGUUUCCGUCCACAGAACUGCUGCUCACUGGAUGUUUUUUGUUUUUGGCACCAUUCUGAGUAAAUUCAGAGACUGUCGUGUGUGAAAAUCCCAGAAGAUCAACAGUUACAGAAAUAAUCAAACCAGCCCGUCUGGCACCAACAAUCAUCCAUGCAAUUAUCUAAUCAGUCAAUCAUGUGGCAACAGUGCAGUGCAUAAAAUUAUACAGAUACGGGUCAGGAGCUUCAGUUAAUGUUCACAUCAACCAUCAGAAUGGGGAAAAAUGUGAUCUCAGUGAUUUGGACCGUGGCAUGUUGGUGCCAGAUGGGCUGGUUUGAGUAUUUCUGUAACUGCUGAUCUCCUGGGAUUUUUACACACAACAGUCUCUAAACUUGACUCAGAAUGGUGCCAAAAACAAAAAACAUCCAGGGAGUGGCAGUUCUGCGGACAGAAGUGCUUUGUUGAUGAGAGAGGUCAACAGAGAAUGGCCAGACUGGUUUGAACUGAUAAAGUCUACGGUAACUCAGAUAACCGAUCUGUAAAAUUGAGGUCAGAAGAAAAGCAUCUCAGAAUGCACAACAUAUCGAACCUUGAGGCGGAUGGACUACAACAGCAGAAGACCACGCUUUACACGCAUGUGUGCUCCAAGAAUACUUGCACCUAAACGGUAAAAUACAUUUUAAAAUUCCAUCAAAAUGCCUUGUUGCUUGUUGAGGUUUCAUGUAAUAACAGAGAGCUAUGUCUAAAGUGAACGUAAACAUUGGGGGAAAAAGAUGAUUUGUAUCGAGAUGGAUGACUUGUAAAUUUAUAUGUAACCUAAUAGAUCUGCCGCUGUCUAGUGUAUCCUUAAUAUUAAUCAAACAACAAUAACAAGAAAACUACAAAUCCACUCACUGCUCUUGGCUGGAUAAUGUUUCUUGUAUAACUCUAGUAUAAAUGUAUUAUUCGUACAGGGAAGACCAGUAGUAGUUUUAUGUCAGAUUCAUUCUUAAUGUUUAAUUGAAUACUUGAUAGUUAAUUAAAAAAAAGAAAAGCUGUUAAAAAGCACUGUUUUCUUAAUUUGUAUUUUUUUUUCUUCUAUUCAUUGCUUUUUUUUUUGUUAUUUUAUUACUGACUGUUUACUGCUCUUGAAUAAUAACUUGAAAAAGUAAUUAUUUUAUAAUUAACAAAUUAGUUAAGUGUUGGGCUAUUAUUUGUUGUGGUAUUUAAGCUGGUGUCAAAAAUCAUCACAUUUCACUGAAGACUACUGAAAUGUUGCUAUUGUGUUAAAUUUAUAUAUUGUAUAUGGUAGAUCUUGCUGCAGUAACAUGGUGGGAAAGUAGAUCUUAUUCCACAGAAGUGUGAACACCCCUGUUGUUAAUGAUGGUAAUGGAGGCUUUUCUUUAUUUGACUACCGUGCGUACAUGUAACAUAAAAUAACCUCCCCUAACCAGUGCAGUGUAAAUUUCUGUCCCAGAGAAUCUAGUUGAUUGCAUAUGUAUAAUACUAUUAAGUUGGCCAUGUCAUAAUUUUAGAAAACAUACAACAGAAACUCUGACAUGUUACUUGAGCAUGUAACCAAUACAUGUCCUUUUUUUCUCUCUGGACAAGUAACUUUUUUUACACGGACAAGUGAAUGACAAAUUUACUUGUCCGAAGGACAAGCACAUCACAAUGCUUAAUGUCAAGCCCUGCAUGUCAUCUGUAGAGAAUGCCGUAAACAGGUUGCAUCCAAAAGUGGAAGCACUUCAAAUCUCUUCCACCAUUUACAACAGCACCAUAAACUGCAGUAUGUGUUAAACUUUGUUCUGCUGCUGCAACCCUGGCUGUGAAGCCUUCGCAGCCUGAAAAAUCUUCUGCCCCGAAACAAAGGGUGAUGCAAGCUUCAUUUACCAUCUCACAUGUGGCUUUGACUUGCAAUUGAACAUUUAGUUCACUUCCUAGAAAACACCGAGAUAUAUAUUGUGUAUCGCCAUUCAGCCUAAAAAUACAGAGAUAUGAUUUUUGGUCCAUAUCGCCCAGCCCUAUUCUCUGUAGAAAUGAACAUAUUUGGGAGGACACUACCUUUUCUAGUAUUUUCAACAUACAUGGGAGAUUUGAAAUCAAUAUAUAACUAGCCAAUUCUCCAGGAUCAAGCUGUGGCUUCUUAAUAAGCAGUUUGAUAACUGCCAUUUUAAAGUUUCUUGGGACAUGUCCUAAGGAUAGUGAGGAGUUAAUAAUAUUAAGAAGAGGUUCUGAGAUUACAGGGAACACCUCUUUUAAGAUCUUAGUUGGUAUUGGAUCUAACAUACAUGUUGUAGCUUUUGAGUCGAUCGAUUAUGGCCAUGGAGUCUAAAUUCUCUGAGUUGGUUACAAGAAUCAGGGACGUCGAGAGACGGAUCGAUUAUCUGGAGUCAACUAAGAGGGAAUUAGCAGCUAAUCCACUGGUGACCAAGGCGGAUUUGGAACGCAUUUUGGAAAAGUUGGAAGACCUUGAGAAUCAUAGAUGGCGAAACAACGUCCGAAUUGUUGGAAUUCCUGAGCAUGAGGAAGGCCGAGAUAUGGUGAAAUUCCUAGACGAGCUCUUCCCGAGUCUGCUCGACAUAACAGGCCAUAAGCUGGAAAUCAAUUCUGGCCAAAUUUCUGAGAUCAUCCGAUAAAGGUCUUGUGUUAUGUGAGGUGAAGAGUAAAGGAAGGCUUUCUUGGAAGAACCACAACAUUUUCUUUGUUCCCAGACUUUGCAAAAUCGACGAGAGAAAUGUGAUCGAUUCAAGGACUGCAAGAAACUCUUACAUCAACAGAAGAUCGCUUUUUGCACUGAUGUUUCCGGCCAAACUGAGAGCAGAUACUAAGGAUGGCCGCAAAGUAUUUAUAUUCCCACAACAAGCAUUGUCCUACAUAAAGUCAUUGGAAUGAGUAAGCCAUGGUGUGAUUUUCACGUUGUCUCCAAGUGACCUUGACUCGCUGAACAUACACUUGACUGUCUGAGGAAGCUGGGCGCCUUUUUAUUUCUUUUUGUGCUUAUGCCUCCUAUUGGAUGGAGUUUGUUUUGUGGAAUGUUUUUUUGCAGGACUUUGGAAGGAUUAGGCUAUCUGCUGCACUUGAAGCAGCCGGGUCACUGAAAAUUUGUUUGACUGCCCGAGGAUACUGAACAUUUUUUUUCUUAUGUAUAUUUAUUUUUGUGUUUGUGUUGGUUCAGCUAGAGGCUGGAGUUUUGUGGAGGAACACACCUUCGGGACAGUAUGUGGAUGAAUCUACACAUUCUUUGUGUUUAUUCUGCCUAUUGGCUGGAGUUUGUUUUAUAGAUUUUCUUCUGUUAUGUAAUUCUGUCUCACAAAAUUUGUAUAGAAGCGCUGGACUUGAGCAACCCGACGGCAAAGUUGUUGCGGGGGCUCUCGUAGAUGUACAUGGACUGUUUGAGUUUAGAGGGAUGGACGCCGGUUGGCGCUGUUUUUCUUUUAUCUGUUUGUUUGGUUCGGGGUUUGAUUGUUGCACUAAUGUUGGAAUGGGCUCUUUAUAAUCUCACAAUCUAUUUCUUCUAAUAUGUCAAUGUCAAAUGUUAAUACAAACAAGAAACAAGAUAUUGUGUUUCUUCAAGAAAUGCAUCUUUCCCCGCAGGAAGCUGGAAAAUUUGGGGUGGACAUGUUUUCUUUAGUGCCGGCUCAAGUAAGAGCAGGGGAGUCAUUACAUUAUUAAGUAAGCAUCUACAAUUCAAAUGUCUCAAACAGAGUAAAGAUAAAUUAGGAAGAGUCAUUAUUGUUUUAGCAGAAAUUCAGGGACAAAGGUUGAUUUUGGCUAAUAUUUACACACCUAACGUUGAUGGUCAGGGCUUUUUUAUAGAUCUUGAAGGGAUGUUGCAAGCUGCUGGCACCCCUCAUGAUAUAAUAUUGGGAGGAGACUUUAAUCUUUUGAUGGACUCAAUCCUUGAUCAUAGUGAAGCAAAAUUGCGCAAGACGCCUAGAGCAAAAUUGACGCUUCACAGGAUGUGCCCUGGUGAGUUUAGAGGUGUUGCCACAUAUGGAGAAAAAGAAAUCAUAUAGUUGGCACUUUAAUGUAUCCCUGAUAAAAUCCUGAAUUCCAACAAAUGUUAAAGGCUGAAAUCAAUGUUUAUGUGGAGACCACAUAAACUGGUCCUCAGUAUCCUCUGUGGGCGUGGCUUGGGAGGCACUUAAGGUAGUUCUUAGGGGUCAGAUCAUACAGUAUGCCUCAUUCAUCAGAAAGUCCAAAGGACGAGAACUUGUGGAGUUGGAAGGGAAUAUUAAAAGUGCUGAGGCGCUGAAUGUUGUCUGAUGGCCUCAGAGAAUUGUCCCGAUUGAAAUACAGAUAUAAUACUAUUUUGUCACGAAAGGUGGAGUUUUGGCUAUUCGGGGCAAGACAGUCAUACUUUGAGUCGGGGGACAAAUCAGGGAAGGCUAGAUAUAUAAAGCAGAGAGAGUCUUUUUCUACUAUUCCCUCAGUGAAAUCUGCUGGUGGUGAAAUUUUUACCCUGGCCAUUGAUAUUAAUAAUGCUUUUAAAGAAUUCUAUCUUGAUCUUUAUAGUUCCACAUCCUCAUCUACUGAUGAAUAUAUUAGAAACUUUGUAGAACCAUUAGAACUCCCUAACCUGACAACUGAUCAAAAAAAUGAUUGAUUCUGAGAUAACCUUGGACGAGCUUGGCGAGGUAAUUAAGGCCUUUUCUACAGGCAAGGCUCCGGGGCUAGAAGUUUAUACGGAAUCAUUAAAGAAUGGAAAGCUUCCGCCAACCAUGACACAAGCCCAGAUCAGUCUGAUACUUAAAAAGGACAAAGAUCCAAGAGAGUGUAAGAGUAACCGUCCAAUUUCCCUGAUCCAGCUAGACGUUAAAAUAUUGUCCAAAAUACUGGCUAACCGAUUGAGUAAAGUUAUGACAUCUCUUAUACAUAUAGAUCAGGUGGGGUUUAUUCAUGGCCACAGCUCUUAUGAUAACAAUAGGCAUUUCAUCAGUAUCAUGUGGUCAGUGGUGUAUAAUCAGACUCUAGUCACUGCCAUCUCACUUGAUGCCGAAAAGGCGUUUGAUAUGGUAGAAUGAGAUUAUCUUUUUAAGAUUUUGGAAAUAUACAGGUUCGGAAACACUUUAAUUGAAUGGAUUAAUUUACAGACAUUUUCAUAAAAUGGCACCAUUUAUUUAUCUUCAUUUUCAUAGGGGGCGCUACAACUAAAAAUUAAUCAUAACUCUGCAUUGGCUUGCGGCUAUAUAUUUUCUUUGCGUUUAGUAGAUCAGCAGUAGCUAAAGUUCUUUGGUUAUUAGUCUGGGGAGUCACACUUGUGUUGGUGAUGUGUGCGUAAUUUAUGCAGCUCUCAUACUUUAUUCUCUGCCCUGUGCUCACCUGUUUUUUGUUUUAUUGUCAUGGUUUGUUCUUUUGCCCAUUCUGUACAAUUUAAUUAAAAAAUUGUAAUUUUUGGUCAUUCAAUCAACAAGAGGUCUCCCUCUUUCUCAUUCAUGGCUUACAAACCAAUUGCAUGCAGUUGACGGACCUGUAGUGGAUCUUCAGUGUUCUCCCUUGGCUGACAGAGCCAAAGUUGCAGCGGUUACCUAUUGGCCUCUGUUUUUAGGCUUUGAUCGUUCCACGCCUCUUUAAAAGUCUGCAAAUGCUCUGUGAUAUGUGGAAGGAAGACUCUGUGCAAGGCAUACAGAUGCAAUUCAUCAUCUUGCAUUCAGAGAGCCAUCUGCCUCUAAAGUCUGAAAGGUUGGGUAGAACAAAUCCAGGACAUGCAAACACAUCUCUCCACAAUCUUUCAAUUCUAGUCCAUGAAAAAGUAACAAAAACAAAGUUACAAGCCAGACAUUACUGACCCUAAUAAUACUAAUCAUCAGAUCAAACAAAGCAAACACUAGUAAUUACAAUCCUCGAAUCCACGGUAUAAGAAUAUUGACUAAGAUCCUCAAAAAGCCUUCAUUUUACAAAAAUAAACUUUAAAGUACCAAAUAUACCUUUGAUUGUGAACCAAACAUCCUGUGAUAUGAGAAUGGCGAAUUGGUCCUCUCCGAUAACAUAAAACGUGCUACCUCCAUAUUUUCACCUCUCUUAUCUGAUCUUACUCGUGAUGGUAGCCCAUACUGAUGUACUGAUCUCAUGAAGCUCUCAAGUACUGUAGUGGCAUGAUUGUUUGUUGCAGUGUCAAGGUAUACAGUCAGUCAGUCGGCUAAAACCAUCCACGCCACCAUGGACCACAAUCCUCCACCUUUUGAAAUGAAAGAAUAAUAUAUGCAUGUUUAUUGUAGGCUUUGAUACUUUUUCUUAAUCACUUAAGGAUUAUGGAGGAUGAAACCUGCAAAAACUAUAAAUAAAUACUAGGGGUAUAAUGAUCCAUUGAUCUAGAUCGAUGCAUCGAUCCAAUAACCAAUGAUCCAAUGUUAUCAAUACAAUGCAUAAAUAUCGUUAUAGACAUUUUUUUUAAGAUGCACCUUUAUUUUAAUACUCUAAUGUCAGCCACGGAUGUACGCAUUUCCAUCAGGCGGUGAAGCAACCGUAUUACAUUCAUUUCACUUUAUGAGCGCUAAAUACGCUUUUCAUGUGGGACAUGGAUGUGCGCAGGGUCUGUAAAGCCAAAUUGGACUCUGUUAUCCGUGUGCGUGUCAACUGGGCUUCCCGCGAAAUGCGAGCUCCAGACCAGAGACAGCAUCAGUGUGCACGUGUCAACUAGGCGCUCCUUAAAGGAAUAUUUCACCCGAA